GUGUACGUCAGUCAACUUAGCCUCUUUCUCAGUCUGUAUACCGUUGGUUCUACGACGCGUUUUUCUUGGCGGUUUUUUUGCCUUGAGGAAAUGCCUUUACGUUCGGACAGCAGCGACUUUUCAGACGGCGGUCUUGGUACUCUCACCGAGGCGGAUUAUGCUGUAAUCGACGCCGCCAGCAACUUUGCAUCAUCGAGAGAAACGACGUCAAAGGGGAUGCCGAAGGUUGAAAUCGCGGUCGAGGAUGAAGAUGCCCUUCCUGAAGCCCCAGUGGAUACCCGUAGCAUGUAUGAACGGUUUCGCUUUUACAAGAGGUUAUCAGUCUCUGAUCUAGUUGGCCCAGCCUGGUGUGAAGUACAAUUUGAAUACGGCUUGUUGCAAAAGCGUUGGAAGAGUCUGGAACAUAGACCUGCGUCAUUUGUCUCGCGGAAUGGAAAAGACAUGUCCGUCAAGAAAGAUGUCGCGGCUGUCAAUAACAAAGUACUGAAGAGGGGAACGUUCGUACACAAAAAACUGGAGCGGGAGCUGAAUCCGGAGAAAACCGUUGUUCAAGUCGCCACUGACGAAGAACAUUGGGGAGUACGUAUUGUCGAUAUGUUGUUAUCGAUACACUCUCUUCUCGCCCAAGGACAUGCACGUGAAAUGCCUGUCUUCGGUUUUGUUCAAGGACAUAUUAUUACAGGGAUAAUUGAUGAACUAAUCAGAGAAACUGCCGGGUCUCCAGACAGUCCAAAGCGUCUUCGAAGUCCCGCGUCGACCCCGCGUAAAUGCAAGAAGCGCCGUCAACUCUUCAAGCUAAGCAAAGGGCAAAGUGUUAAUACACAUUUUGCCUCCUCAUCUGACUGUAAAUUCAUCGAUCUAGCAUUCGACGAGAGCCAAACAGAAGACUUAACAGCUCCUCGUUGCUAUCAGCACACCCUACAUUUGAUAGAGACCAAGACACGACGCCGUGAAUCUUUGCCCUCAGACGAAGAUGCACUUCCUUCGCGUUUACAACUCAUGUUAUACCAUCGACUAUUAUCCUCGCUGAUAUCCCCUGAAAUCCCUUUUGACUUCACAAGACUCUGGGACGAGACUAAUGUCGAUCCGGCGCGGCCGUUUUCUGAGACAUUCCUCUCUCAAGCAGGGAGCUCAUUGGGGACCUACCCCGCAUUUACUUGCCUUGAUGAUCUCACUGUUUUCUGGAGGAACGCCACUUUGGAAUUAGAUAUACCCGGCAUUGAUCCGUGUCUUCAGCUAAUCUAUCGUCGCCAGCAACCGUUGGAAUUCAAAGAAGAUAUUACGACCCCGAGCCCUGCGCGGGAUCCCAGUAUCUCCCAAUUCUUGUCUAGCCCACCGAACAAAAUCUUUGAUCUUGAUACGGAGGAGAGUUCUGCUGAGCUGUUGUGGGCGCUCCAGGAAUCAUGGUUGAGGCACCUUAAUGACGUAUCCGGGAAGAGUGUUUCUAACGGUGCGUUCCUGACGAUAUCUGGAAAUUAUGCCUUGAGCAUUUUCCCAAAAUUAGAUGCAAUACCUCCAGUGUUUGAACCAUCAGCAUCAACAUUUAAGGCUGUUGAUCUCUACAAGAUCAUUGGUACCAAAGAAUUCAAUCUCGACGACGACUUCUUGGACGAUUAUCUUACCGGUGUACUAGACUGGUGGAUGGGCCGUAGAAGACCAAGAGGAGUCAGUGCAACCCAGACUUGGCGGUGCAAUUCAUGUGAAUAUAUGUCCGAUUGCGAGUGGAGGACAGAAAGGGCGUUGGAGAUCAAAGUCCAAGCUGCUGAGCGCCGUGCCAAGUCGGUGCCGCCACUGCCAUGAAUGAAUUACUUGUAUAGUAUCGCUUUAGUUGUACUUGUAGAUGUGUCGUCUUCUUCACGGAUCUGUGCCUGCUCUGGAUCGUCAUAGAGACACGUUGAUUUCCCUUGAG